GCGCACUAGGUGUAAACAGGAAGAACGGUGAAAAAAAAACCCGGGGCAAAUCCACCAGAAAAAGACGAUCGUAGGCUCGGAUCAAACAAAAGAAUAUGUGCGGUGAUUAAUUUUAUAUUCGCACUCUGAAGUCAUUUUGUAAAAUCUGAUCGAGAUUCCGAUCAAAUUCGGCGCGGACAGUUGUGGAUUUCGGCUCGCUUAAACCGAGUUUUUUCUCCUGUCUGCUUCGACCGUGACGCGAUUGGCUUGCUCGACAUUCCGUUAAAAAAAAAAAAAAACAAUCUGCUUUUCUUGGGUUUCACGUUUUUUGCACACGUCGAGGGGGUUUCUACCAUUUAAAAAUGGUGCAAAAAGAUAAGACGCUGGAGACGACACCGGUGGAAGUCGAACCGAGCCCCAGCCCAGUCUCGGGAGAGGCUUGUGCCACCGGUCCCGGCCUUUUGGAAGAGUCCGGUGGCAUCAGCGUGGAAGCAAUGGGCCACAGAAAAUUCAUCAGUGGAGUGGUGGAAGGCUUUUAUGGACGACCGUGGACAAUGGAACAGAGGAAAGAGUUGUUCAGGAGGCAGCAGAAAUGGGGACUGAAUACGUACCUUUAUGCACCCAAAGAUGAUUACAAACACAGAAUGUUCUGGAGGGAAUUAUACUCGGUGGAGGAAGCAGAACAACUUAUGACUCUAAUUGGAGCAGCCAAAGAAUACGGCAUUGAGUUCAUUUAUGCCAUUUCACCUGGACUUGACAUCACUUUCUCCAAUCAGAAAGAGGUCACAGCACUCAGGAGGAAACUGGACCAGGUGACGCACUUUGGUUGCAAAUCAUUUGCCUUACUUUUUGACGACAUCGACCACAACAUGUGCCCAGCCGAUAAGGAGGUUUUCAGCUCAUUUGCACACGCUCAGGUGUCCAUCACCAAUGAAAUCUACCAAUACCUUGGAGAGCCUGAAACCUUCCUGUUCUGUCCCACAGAGUACUGUGGGACCUUUUGCUACCCAAAUGUCUCUCAGUCGCCCUACCUCCACACGGUAGGAGAGAAACUGCUGCCCGGGAUUGACAUUCUGUGGACAGGACCCAAAGUGGUAUCCAAAGACAUCACAGUGGAGUCUAUCGAGGAAGUGUCUAAGAUUUUGAGAAGACCCCCCGUGAUCUGGGACAACAUUCAUGCCAAUGACUACGACCAAAAGAGGCUCUUCUUGGGUCCUUACAAGGGCCGAUCCACUGAACUCAUCCCUAGACUAAAGGGUGUCCUAACUAACCCCAAUUGCGAGUUUGAGUCUAACUUUGUUGCUAUUCACACUUUGGCCACCUGGUAUAAGUCGAACAUGAACGGCGUGCGCAAAGAUGUGGUCAUGACGGAUGGUGAGGACAGCACAGUCUCUAUCCAGAUUAAGCUGGAGAACGAGGGCAGUGAUGAAGAACUGGAGACGGACAUGCUGUACAGCCCCCAGCUCGCCCUGAAACUUGCGCUCACCGAGUGGCUCGGGGACUUUGUUGUGCCCCAUCAGUACAACAGCCGACAGGUGCCUCAGAGCGGUGCCAAAAGUACAGUCAUCGACGUGUCCUCAAUGACCCCUCCCUCACUUUGCUCCGCUACCACGGUGACGACUGUGUUCCAGCAGCCUAUAAUGUCUGCGGCCAUGCCGCCUCACCUACUGGAGCCUCACUCCAUAGCGAAAACACCUGAGCAGGAAGAGGAGGUAAUUUUGUCUGUGGAGGUGGAGAAGAAGGAUUCCGAUGACGAGCCCAUGGAGAUGGUGGUGGAAAAGCAGGAGGAGCCAGACGCAGAAGUAGUCUCAGAGCAGAAACUUGACGGCCCAGUGUUGGCUGACAAGAUGGGAGAAGAUCUAAAGCCCAUGGACACAGACAAGGAGAGUUUGGCAGAGUCCAAAUCUUCCGAAGAAUCCAUACAGGAGGAUUCUGGGAGUGACAUUGCCCCCAUGCAGACUGACGAUCAGCUCAAACAGGAAGUGUUUGUACCAGGUCCCAAUGAGAAGCCACUGUUCACUGUGGAGCCGCUCUCUAUCGAGGACCUGUGCCUGCUCGCGGAACUCUUCUACCUGCCUUACGAGCACGGCCCCAAGGCCAUGCAAAUGUUGAAAGAAUUUAACUGGCUGAGAGCCAACAGCAGCGUCGUCAGCGUCAACCGCAAGAUGAAAGAAGAUGAGAAGGUUGCAGAAUGGCAGUUGAGGGCAGAGAAGUUUGAGGAGAUGUGCUGCUCAGUCAUCCAGAUGUUCACGCGUCUGUCCAAUUCGGCCAACCGCACCAUCCUCUAUGACCUUUACCCUUACAUCUGGGACAUCAAGAGCAUCAUUUCUAUGGUCAAGUCCUUUGUCCAGUGGCUAGAUGGAAGAAUCCACAGUACAAGUUUCUACUGCUACUGGAUCGACAGUGGCCGGUGGUGUCGUAGUCAGUCCUCAGCACAAUUCCCUAAAGGAGACCAAGAGCCGUGGGCCUUUAGGGGAGGUCUAGCAGGAGAGUUCCAGAGAUUAUUGCCAAUAGAUGGGGCAAACGAUCUCUUCUACCAGCCUCCACCAUCUCUGCCAACUUCCAAAAUCUAUUCAAUAAGGCCCUACUUUGCCAAAGAUGAGGCUUCAGUGUAUAAAAUCUGUAAAGAAAUGUACUAUGAAGGAAUGGAGGAUGCGCCUUCCUCUGAGCAGGAAUCUGACCUCAUUGGUGACAAGUUGGUUGGAGGUCUUCUGUCUUUGAGCCCAGAUUACGGCUUUGUACUGGAAGAUGAUGAAGGCAUCUGCGGCUACGCCCUGGGCACCGUGGACGUCAAGCCCUUUAUCAAGAAAUGUGAGAUUAGCUGGAUUCCUUUCAUGCAAGAGAAGUACCACAAACCUGACGGUCAAAAAGACCUCACGGAGGCUGAGAAGAUGAUUUUGAGUUUCCACGAGGAAGAGGAGGGUCUUCCAGAAUCAUUUUUGUCCAACUUCCCCUCCCUUAUCAAGGUUGACAUCCACGCCAAGGUCACUGAUCCCAGUGUGGCCAAAAGCAUGAUGGGAUGUCUGUUAUCUUCCCUUAAGGCCAACGGCUCCCAAGGUGCUUUCUGUAAGGUUCGCCAGACUGAUAAGAGAAUGUUGGACUUCUACAGUAAGCUCGGCUGCUUUGAAGUGGCCAAGAUGGAGGGCUUUCCCAAAGAUGUCAUCAUAAUGGGGCGAAGCUUAUGAAGCUAUGUUAUGAAUACAGACUGAGUGAUUGAUUGCAAGCAGCAGUCAUCAGGAACCUUCAUAAGACACAGCUUUCAUGAUGGUUUACAUGCUACGUGACUGUCUAUGCUUGCAGGGACUCCUGUGGGUUUGUUUUUUUAAGCACUGCAAAUCCCUGCACGGCCAUGUAAGGAUGAUGGUAAACCAACACAACCAGUUGAGAUGAGCCGGCAUGGAAAGUGUCUUUACAUCUGGACCCCAAACACUCGUACACACCCAGGAGGCAGGAAGCGCUGCCUUUUUUUUUUUUUUUUUUUUUUUUCGCCCCCCUCCCUCUGAUCUAAUCCAGCAGCCAUCAUCACAUAGAUAUGACCCACGUGCCCUUGCCAAAAGUGUCAACAACAUAAAAAAAGAUGAAGCUGUGAAAAGAGGGCAGCGUGUCCGCUUGGACACGACGCACAAUGUCACGCUCUCGCCGACUCAUCGCUGCGCCACAAUUAAUCCACAGUUGACUAUUCGUACAGGAAUUUGGCGUUGAGAUGAAACGCAGAAUUUGAACAUGCAAGAUCAUCGUACACCAGGGUAGAUCUUUUAGGCAGUCUUCUUUCAAAGCAAUAGAGAAGUGCUCAUUCAUGCUCACCACUUAUUUUCAUUUGUUUUUGUUGUUGUUGUUGUGGGUUUUUUUUUUUUUUUUUUUUUUUUUUGGAGCUGGUGAACAUUUUGCCUUUUGGUUUCUUUGCCUUUCAAGUGUUGGGAUUCUAACCCAAGACCUCAGUGUCUUCUGUGCCACUGCCUUCUCAUCGUGAUACAAAGAGGCUCUGGUGAGUUUGGAAAUAGUCUCUCAGAAGGCCUACAUUUAUGUAAACGUAGACAUUCACUUAAUUUAUGGAAUUCUCUGCUUUUUUUUUUUUGUUGUUGUUGCCUCUUCCCCCAAUUGUUUACUGAUCUAAAUCAGGGGUGUUGGGACUUUGUAUUAAGUCCUCCACGGGGCAUACAAUGCAUCAACAAAACAUGUUUAUCGCAAGGU